AUGGCAACCUCCUCCUCCAGCAGUGACUACUCGGACACAGAAGACUAUGUCUCUGACUCCAAAUCUGACCUGAGCCUCUCUGUGGGCUAUUUCCCCUGGGAGAAUGACUUUUUCUAUGAGGAUCUAACCAGAUGUGAAGACCUGACGUGUAUGGAUUCUCCAGCCCACUUCCUCCCUCCUCCUGCCCAAGGGACCCAGCAGAUGAAGAGCAUAAGGAGACUCUUGAGGAGACAAGAACAGAUUCAGGACAACCGGGAGCAGUUUCGCCAGCUAAGCAUUCCCCUGGCCUGGGACAUGGAUGCCGAUUCUGACCAAGCCAACUCCAUAACUAAUAGGGAUCUACACAGGCCCUACUGGUGGGCAGACAAGUGGCCAGAAGAGGACACAAAACUGACUCUUGGCAAACUCAAUGGACUUGUACACAAGCUUGAAACUUUUCUAGAAAAUCAGAAAGCUGAUAAGGAGGAAGAGGAGUCCAUGUUUCUGAAAUCUACUCAGGAGGAAGAUUUCCUGCUGGCCAGCAGCACCCCUCCACAAAUGGCUCAGGUCAGUCACACUGUCAAGGUGAUGAGCCAAGAGACUGAGAACCACAGCAAGAGCACUCCAGAAACCUCCUUCAACUCAUCUGGACAGCUGGAGGAGGCGGCGACCUCUGAUGCAGACACUCCCACCAUAUCCUGCCUGAACUUUGGGUGGGCCUUCCGCUGGCUACGGCAGCAAGUCCUCUCUUCCCUCCGGAGGAGAGAGCAACCUGACAAGGGCCAGACCCGAUGGCACCAAAAUACAGUAAGGAGACAUUCUGUAAGGAGCAACACAGUGGAGCCUCGAGGAUGCCGCCAGCCACGACACCCUCCAUCCCCAGACAGUUAA